AGAUCCUCCUCCAGCAAGCCGAUCCACCCGUGCACCUGUCGUAUCACUUUCAAAAGCGCGACGCUUGGAUUAAAAAAAAGUCUAAUCAAAUCAAUCAAAUAUGACCGAAGCCAUUUGGAAACAGAGCGCCGGUGCAACAUAGACGCAUAUGGUUCAGGUGCGUCAAUUAUAAGCUUAUUAUAGAAGAAAAGAAUAACACAAAAUUAUAUUCAGAUUUGCAGUGUGAUCUUCACUUUGAUAAACUACGGAAAAAAGGGGUCUUGCUCGCAAUUACGAUGCAUCUCACAGCGGUGGUCUUAAUUCUGGUCGUGUCAGGCAUCGCCAAAGGUUGGGAAUGCAGCGCAGGGUGCAACACAGAAAAUGGGUUUUGUGAGAAGCCAGGGAAGUGCAGGUGCAAACCAGGGUGGCAAGGAGAGAACUGUGACCAUUGCGUGUCCUUCCCUGGCUGUCUGCACGGCACGUGUGAGAAGGCAUGGCAGUGUGUCUGCGAGGAGGGCUGGGUUGGCAGCCUGUGUGACCAAGAUACCCGCCUGUGCUCGUCCAGGCCUUGUGCUGGUAAUGCCACCUGCAUAGAGACAGGAGAGGGGGGAUACUUGUGCAUCUGUCCCCAAAGCUACGCUGGUGAAAGCUGCCACCUGAAAAGAGGACUGUGUCUCACAAAUGGCUCUCCUUGUCAGAACGGAGGCACAUGCACGGAUGCUGAUGGCUCAGCAGGUUACUGUUUAUGUCCCUCUGGAUUUUCUGGAGACUUCUGUGAGAUCAGCAUUGACAGCUGCCAGCCUAACCCUUGCCUCAACGGUGGCAACUGCACAAACCACGGCCUGGCCUUCACAUGUGUCUGUCCGCUCGGCUUCACUGGUUUCACUUGUAAUGACACCAGCAGCCUCUCUCCCUGCGCCGGCAGACCCUGUGCCAACAGGGGCACCUGCGUUGGUCAACCUGAUGGAUACUUCCGGUGCGUUUGCCAGAAAUGGUUUACAGGUCCAACAUGUUCCUUGCAGCACAGACCGAAGGGCAGGGCCAAGCCGGUUGGCGCCAGGCCUGUGGACCACAGAGUGUUUGCGCUGACUCCACAGCACUACUCUCUUCCUGCUCACACCUUCCACAAGCUUCUCAGACCGUCUGAGAGAGACCUGCUCAAGAUCACCCUAAAGGAGACCGUCCACUCCCCCGGGAUCCUCGUCACCCACGGUCAGCUCGUCUGUUUCGGCAUGCUGGCCCUUCUCACCUGCAUGGUGAUCCUGGGCACUACAGGCAUUGUGUUUUUUGGUCGCUGUGAGGCGUGGCUGGCCAAUGCCAAGUACAGCCAGCUUGUUCGGCAGCAAAGGGAACACCUGCUGAGAGAGGCAGGUAGUGCGAGCCAGGAGGAGCACGAGCACUCAGUGAAUAUCAUCCUCCCAGAGAAGAUUAGACUCACCAGCUUUGGGAGACACUACACCUCCAUCUGAUUAAAUCAUGUCUGCCUCUUCCCCUCUGCCUCUGGAAGGAGUUGAAUAUAAAUGUCUAAAAAAAAGAAAAGGCAUGGAAGAAAUACUAUAACUGUUGUACAGUUGUGUUAAUAAAGUGAGAGAUACUGGACUACAACAGAAUAUAUUUGAAUGUAUAGUCUACUGGAAUAGGUGAACAGCUAUGACACUGGAUUGUAAAUGGACUUUUUAUUGUACUGUUGAAAACUACCCAAUAAAAAUGUAUGGAGUUAUAAAAGAUGUUCUACCGUGAUGGCUGGUAAAAAUAUGUCAUUGUGAUGUAUUUAAGUUUUUUGACUUCCCAAUCAUGGCUCAACCACAUUGUAUCAUGUUGAUUUGGAAAACAAUAAUGGGGAUAAUAAUAACAUAGCAGAUAGACCACUUUUCUUUCAGUAUUUAUCAUUGAUUUUUAAAUAAUCAAAUUGUUAUCAGAUUUUCUUACCCCGACUCUGGGCUGCAAUGAUUUAUCAACAACAGAAAAUUCAUCAGCACUACCUGAUUAAGUUUCUCAAAUGUGUCAAUCUUUGUCCGAUGUGAUAGUAAACUCAAUAUAUUUGGCUGUCGAAUAAAACAAGAUAUCGCAAUAGACCACUUCAGGCUGAGGGAUAUCUUAACAGGUGUGUUUCUGUGUUUUUCACUAUUUUCUGAUGAGAAAAUAAUUAGCAAAUUAAUAAACAAUGAAUCAUUAGUUGCAGCCCUAACCAUCUCCAUGCAGCAUAUUGUGAAUUUGUCAUUUUAUACCUAAAAUAGAUGUUGUGAUUUGUACAGUAUGUGGAAUUAAAAUGUGUAAUUAGAUAUUUCCAGCUGUACUGUCAUAUCCUGCAGGUCACUACAGAGCUAUAUCAUUUCCAUGUAAAAGGUAAUUAUUGUACAGUAUGUACCUGGAGGUAAUAUCGCUUUCCCAAAUACCAUCUCCCUGCAGAUGUAUUACUUUAAAUGUUGUUGUUAAAGGUAUAUAGUAGAUGUGAAAUGUUUUUUCACAGUUCCUCAAGAAAUGCCACUUUCUAUUUCCAUCACCCAUUUGUAUCCAAUGCCAUGAAUACCUUCACAUCUUCGCCUAUUGAUCAGUCUCACACUCAUUUACAGUGUCUCAGAGGUUUUUAGAUUUUCCUUCUUACCACCAGUGUUGGAAUUUCACAGGCCAUGCACCAUUUAUCUCUAAGCCCAGAAAUCAAUACUUGUAACAUCUGUUAAAUGUUAUUGGUUUGUCUCAUCAUGCAUGAGAUGGACACCCACUACUGAUGCAGGGAGACGUGUUUUCAUGAAUACUGAAUGUAUGGAAAACAUAUGUAUGUACCCAGUAAAGAUAUAGUUAAACAUGUAAAGCAUAUUUAAUGGGAAAUAUUCAAAUGAAAUAACUGCUGAUAUGGAGAUUACUGUGCAGUUUUGGAUUGGGUCGUUUCUCUACACUCUCACAAUGACGAAGCCCAUUUAAACCCCAUUCAGCCUGUGACGAGAUGUUGUUAAUGUGUUGGGAUUUAUCACAAUCCUCAAAACAAAGUGGUUAUCUUGUGCUCACAUCAUAACAGAGUUGCAUUUCAAAUUGUGUAUUACAUUAGAUAAUAUUCUAAUGAUUUACAAGUGGCAUUUCUACAAGGGGGCAGUGACUGCAGCUGUGUACUUAUCAGUAUGUGUUCCAGUCUGGGAUUAAUCACUGUUGUGCUUUGGCCAGAUAAUGUUUCGUUGUCGGUUCAUUGCUUUUAAAUAAAUAUAUAAAAUCAC